ACGCGCCCGGCUCCUCUCAGCGGCGGUGGCCCAGGUAGAGGGGUCCGCGCUGGCGGCGGCGGCGCUGUUCCCCGCGCGGUCCGCGGAGCGGGGUCCGGGCUGCGCGACGUGGGGCGGCGGCGGCACUGCGGCCCCGGUCCAAGCCCGACCCCGGGUCCCCUCCUCGGCCGCCCCCCGCCCGGCCGCCCGCCCUCGGGCCUCCCCCCGGGCCCUCGGUCCCCUCCCCCGCUGGCGGGGCCCGGACAGAAGAUGGUGCAGAAGAAACCAGCCGAACUUCAGGGUUUCCACCGUUCGUUCAAGGGGCAGAACCCCUUCGAGCUGGCCUUCUCCCUAGACCAGCCCGACCACGGAGACUCUGACUUUGGCCUGCAGUGCUCAGCCCGCCCUGGUGAGGGGCCCGAGGGGGAGGAGGGCACAGGGCAGCUGCUGUCGCCGCCAUGGCAGUGGCCAGCCCCUGCAGGGGGGUGGGGGCCGGCCGGCCAGGGCCAUGUCCUGAGCCCCCUGGGCGUGCCUCCUGGAACAGACAUGCCCGCCAGCCAGCCCAUUGACAUCCCGGACGCCAAGAAGAGGGGCAAGAAGAAGAAGCGCGGCCGGGCCACCGACAGCUUCUCGGGCAGGUUUGAAGACGUCUACCAGCUGCAGGAAGAUGUGCUGGGGGAGGGCGCUCAUGCCCGAGUGCAGACCUGCAUCAACCUGAUCACCAGCCAGGAGUACGCCGUCAAGAUCAUUGAGAAGCAGCCAGGCCACAUUCGGAACAGGGUUUUCAGGGAGGUGGAGAUGCUGUACCAGUGCCAGGGACACAGGAACGUCCUAGAGCUGAUUGAGUUCUUCGAGGAGGAGGACCGCUUCUACCUGGUGUUUGAGAAGAUGCGGGGAGGCUCCAUCCUGAGCCACAUCCACAAGCGCCGGCACUUCAACGAGCUGGAGGCCAGCGUGGUGGUGCAGGACGUGGCCAGUGCCUUGGACUUUCUGCAUAACAAAGGCAUCGCCCACAGGGACCUAAAGCCGGAAAACAUCCUCUGUGAGCACCCCAACCAGGUCUCCCCCGUGAAGAUCUGUGACUUCGACCUGGGCAGCGGCAUCAAACUAAACGGGGACUGCUCCCCUAUCUCCACCCCGGAGCUGCUCACUCCGUGCGGCUCGGCGGAGUACAUGGCCCCGGAGGUGGUGGAGGCCUUCAGCGAGGAGGCUAGCAUCUACGACAAGCGCUGCGACCUGUGGAGCCUGGGCGUCAUCUUGUAUAUCUUACUCAGCGGCUACCCGCCCUUCGUGGGCCGCUGUGGCAGCGACUGCGGCUGGGACCGCGGCGAGGCCUGCCCUGCCUGCCAGAACAUGCUGUUUGAGAGCAUCCAGGAGGGCAAGUACGAGUUCCCCGACAAGGACUGGGCCCACAUCUCCUGCGCUGCCAAAGACCUCAUCUCCAAGCUGCUCGUCCGUGACGCCAAGCAGAGGCUGAGUGCCGCCCAAGUCCUGCAGCACCCCUGGGUUCAGGGGUGUGCCCCGGAGAAUACCUUGCCCACUCCCAUGGUCCUGCAGAGGAACAGCUGUGCCAAAGACCUCACGUCCUUCGCGGCCGAGGCCAUUGCCAUGAACCGGCAGCUGGCCCAGCACGACGAGGACCUGGCUGAGGAGGAGGCCGCGGGGCAGGGCCAGCCCGUCCUGGUCCGAGCUACCUCACGCUGCCUGCAGCUGUCUCCACCCUCCCAGUCCAAGCUGGCGCAGCGGCGGCAAAGGGCCAGCCUGUCCUCGGCCCCCGUGGUCCUGGUGGGAGACCACGCCUGACCCUCCCGUCUCCCCUCUGUACAUAGGUCGCCCGUCCCCCAAUCAAAUCUAAAGGUUUUUUAAGCUAUCGCCAGCCGGUGUCCAGCGGGCUGCCCCUCGUCUGCCUGGAUUCCCAGGCACUAAGCUCAGCUGAGGGGGGUGUUUUAUAGAAGGUUUUUGCUUUUGGGUUUUUUUUUCCUGUUUCCACCCCUCCCCGUUAUUUUUUCCUUUGGAUGGUUAAAAGCAUUGCAGGCACCCGGGGAGGUGAGCAGAGGGUAGGUGGCUGGGCUUGUCUCCUGCGGUCCCCCACCCUGCUCACCUCUACUAUGAAGGUGCCCCCAGGUCACCUGUGCUGCCCGCCAUCUGCCCACGUGGCUUGCAGUGACUCAGGAGAGCAGGCCCACAGCGUUUGCCAUCUUGCAGAGCUGGGGAGGGGCACGGGACCCUGCCCUCGUGUUCCCUCCCAGCCCGCAGUAUUUCAGGGACAGGCUCUUCCCCUCUAUCCCUCACCCUGAGAGCACCCCUGGUGGCUUGGUUGGGGAAGGGAGGGGCUGCCUGUCUCUGGAGGGGUCAGGGAGGCAGAUGGCAGGCAGCUCACCCACCCACCCCAUGGGAUCCCCCAGCCCUUCACCCGCGCCUGCCUUGUCCCCAUGAUAGUUGACAAUCGGGGCUUCCUGCAAGGCCUGUCUGUCUGUCCAGGACUCCUGGUGGCCAGAUUCGGCCUCCGACCUUGACCUUAAACUGCAGCUGACCCCAGGGGCUCGCCGCUGCCCCUCCCCACCACACCAGGGCCUGAGACAGCAGGAGCCCCGCCCGGCCCGAAGCCGUUUCCACCGCAGCAGGCAGAGGGGCUGGACAGGCACUGUCAGCCAAUGUGGGGGGUCCUGAAGACACCCCCUUGGGGCACCCGAGUGCCCCUUCUCAGGGCUCAGUCUGACCGUAGCCACGUCCUGCCUCGCGCCGCCCCUCGGGCCUGACCUGGAAGCUCCGUCAGCUCCGUCCUUGUCCUUAGAGCUGAGCCCAGACCCCGGGGUCUGGCCGAAUCCUCACCCCCAGGGCAGUGUUUUUGGUCUGCCACCUUCAGGAAAAACGGCUGCGGCCUCGGCCUCCCUUCGGGCACCCAGGAAUGCGGGGGUCUGUUCAGUCCCCCCACCCUCCAUGCUCCGACCCCCGGGGGCUGCGGAGCCUGCUGCCCCCUCCCCGCGGGUGGGGACGUUCUAUGCAAUACAGGGUUCCACUUUAGAAGUGCGCGCGGCUGUGCUGCGGGGGCGGCUAGGGUCACCGCCCGCCCUUCCCGGCGCAGCCCCCGAGCUCCACAGCUGGGGCAGCCCCUCUGGCUUCUAAAUGCGCGGUCGGGAUUCUUCCUCCUGUUUAGUUUUUUAGUUUUUCCUUAAAAAAAAAAAAAAAAAAAAACAUCGAUGGACUUUGCUUCCCUGUUCUUGAAGAAUACUUGAAUGUCGGGGGGGCCCGGGGGUGGGGGCCUCGGAGACCGUCUGCCUGGCCCUGCUGCCCCUCCUGAAUCUCGUACGAUGGUCACAGUCCGCUGGCCGUGGGGGUGCUCUGCCUUCACUGGUCCCCACUGCCCAUAUCCGUGGACUGCCCCUUCCAAAGACCCCUGGGGGGGUGGGGCAGGCCGCCCACCCCUUUCCCCCAUCACGUCUCGCCUGUCAGCGAUUCCAAGUUUCGUAACGGGGGAUUCUCUGCCUUUUUGUAUCAAAGAACAAGCAAACGGACCCCCGCCCGCUGCAGACGCCCGUAGCCAGCGGCUCUCUCAAGCUGAGUGGCUAGCAGCUUUUUUUUUUUUUUUUUUUUUCUGAAGGUGGGACAGUCACUUCCUCCUCCCUCCCCACCCCUGUCGCAUCCAUGUGCGACCUGGAGGACUGGUCAGAACCGUUACUGUGAAUGAGUGAAGAUCCUGGAAGACCCUGGGCCCCAGGCCAGCUCCCAUCGCUGGGGGACGGUGAACGGCCAUGUGUUAAUGUUACGAUGUUUUUAAAAGACAAAAAAAAAAAAAAAAAAAAAAAAAACCUCAAACGUUUUUUUAAAGUGGGGGAAAAACAUCCAAGCACUUUAAUUCCAAUGUACCAGGUGAACUGACGGAGCUCAGAAGCUUUCCUUUACACCAACUGUCAAUGCCGGAAUUUUGUAUUCUGUUUUGUAAAGAUUUAAUAAAAGUCAAAAAACCUGC